UUGCCUUUUUCCCUCGCUUCAGGGGCUUUUUGGUUUCGCAGCAAUUUGAUUGCGACUAUUCCUUAUCCAACUCCGGAAACCAUCGCCGUUUUCUUUUUACACGAUCGACAGUCCAGAGCGAAAAUUUGAAGUCGCGGGGAGAAUAUCAAAGUGAGAAUGAAGUCAAGCCGGCCUCAGAGAGAAGCAGCGCAGGUGGGUUUGCAGAAGAACGAGAAUGAGAUAGAUUGGGAGAUGAGGCCUUGCGGCAUGCUUGUGCAGAGACGGGAAGAGGACGAUGCUGCUUGUGACGGGGCCGGCGGUAAUGGGCCAGUGAUCAAGAUCAACGUCUCUUAUGGUUCAUCUCAGCACGAGAUCUUUGUGCCCUCUCACUCCACCUUUGGGGAAAUGAAACAAAUUGUUGCUAAAAGAAUUGGCUUGGACCCUGCAGUGCAGAGACUUUUGUUUAGGGGUAAAGAGCAGGAGGAUGAAGAGCGUUUGCACCUUGCAGGCAUAAAGGAUAACUCCAAGGUUGUGGUUUUGGAGGAUCUAGCUAGUAAAGAGAAAAAGCUUGAGCAGUCCCAGGCGAGUGAAGAGGUCUCCAAAGCAUCUGAAGCUGUUGCUGGCAUCACAGCAGAAGUCGAUGAACUCUCUAAAAGGGUAGCUGAGCUGGAAGUGUUUGUGCAUGAUGGCACAAAAGUAGAGGAGAGGAAAUUUGUGGAGCCUACGGAGUUGCUCAUGAGGCAGUUGCUGAAAUUGGACGGUAUUGAGGCUCAAGGAGUGGCUAGGGUGCAGAGGAAGGCUGAGGUGCAUCGAGUGCAGGGUCUUGUGGAUAAAUUGGACAGUUUGAAGGCAAGAAAUGUCAAUCCAUUUAGCAACAGAAGUAGUGCGGUUUCCAUAACAACAAACUGGGAGACAUUCACGUCAGGAGUGGGAAGCUUGAAUGCUCCUACCCCCAUGCUAUCUUCAACGGAAGUUACUAGUGAUUGGGAGCAGUUCGAUUAAGAUAUCCUUGUUGGUUAAUGAGCAGAUGGAGAGCAGAAGUCAUACUACACGUGCAAUUAUCUAGAUUAGUUUGAGACUUCUAGUUUAGCUACGUUUCUUUUUUGGGGUGUUUCGAGUUGCUCCUCAUGUGGUGGUGCCUUCAUAAUUAAAAAAGCAAACUCUCCACUGCUGGAUCGAUAAUUGGGAUCUGCACAAUGGCUGUAAAUUUAUAAUAUUUGUACUUUUGUAAUGUCAUUAAUAGAUUAUUCGUUUUUCACUA